UCGUAGCAGUUUUGUGUGGCAUCAAUGGACUUGCACAUGAGAUAUUACUUCACUCAGAGAGGAAAUAUGAAGCUAAAAAUGUUGGUACUUUAUUCCACAGUUUCGCAAUCCGUAUAUGAUAAGGCAAAAAUAUUAAUCAAUCUUAUAAGCAAGUUUUCUGAGUCUCGAGACAAUUGUACGGAAGUAUUCAAGUAUCUGUGCUAUUUUGAAGUCGCAGAGUUCUUUGGAUAUAAUCUUAUAGACAAUAUUUUUUCUGUCAACACGAGCGACAAGGAAGAAAACGGAUCUACUCGAGGUGGUAACUUGGGACAUCAAAGUCUUGUACAACUGCUCAAUUCCGGUGGCCUUGAAAGUUUCGAACUCCAAACAAGUUGCUACGAGGCAUUCUCUUUCAAUUAUGUGAACACAGAGCUAAAAAAUUCGACAAUUUCGCAACCCGCCAGCCGACAUAGUGAGAGAGUACAGAGUUCUCCAGUGGGCUUCGUCGUUGAUGUGUUCUACUAUGCAAUAAUUGCAGAAACUAGUGAAUACUUCGGUACAAUAAUUGGACUAGAGGGAAUUGUCAGCUUAUUGCAAGUAUCAUGAGACUUUCCGACGCUUUUUAUCGUACACUUUCGGAAAGAAUACAUCCUCGGGGUUUUCACAUUUUUCAUAAACGACUAAGGAAGACGUUUACUGAUGCC